AUGCCGGCCUCCUCUACGGAUCCUCGCAUCUCUGACCGAGAAGUGCAUGCGUAAGUCAUCGAGCUUUGGAUCUCGCCCUCCCUCCCGAGGCGGCAGCGAUCAGAGCGGCCUAUCAUCGUCGUCGGUCCCCUGGUUCCGCUGCGCCUCGUUCGUUACGGCUUACGACGAGGUGGAAACAACGAAGGAGAGUCCUGGUCGGGAGGGCUGUAGUCUGGCCAGAGUGAACAAGCAAGACGCACCCACCCCGGCGUGUUCCACUCAUCUCGGUCGCCCGCCCGUCCGCCGCCGCCGCUCAACGUUCAACCCGACGGACCUCUCGACUCGGAUCCGACACCGGCCAUCUUUCCUGACUCUAACACAAGGCGCACCUUGCUGACCGUAUGCUUCCAUCGAUACAUAUCACCUGCGAACACGGCGGAUACUCGAUGUCGCUGCACUCUGAACCUGCACCUACCUGGCCUGGCCUCCACGCUCCGCUCGUCCAUAUCGUCCUCGACCGACCUUGGCCUCCCUCCUCGGCGCCGACCUCUGCACAAUCUCGGCUCUGGCUUCACAAUCAUCCGCAAUUGCUCUCCGAAUCGACUCGUAACCGGCUGCACCGCAUUCGCAUUCGCCGUCGCCCGCGCUGUCCCAAACGAUGACGAUCGAUAACGACCUACAGCAUCAACGUCGCCGCCGCCGUGAGGAGAUACGAUGUCGAGCCCAGGUUGGACUACAGGACCGUCUCCGCCGUGAACGGUCAGUUUGGAUCCAUGCCGCGAUAACAAUCGGGUCGCAGGCAGCCUUCGGAUGAUUGAUCCACGGCCCAUUCUGCCGCGACUGACCCUUGCCUGAUUGCCACCUCCCCCUCUAGGUCCUCUGGUGGUGCUCGACAAUGUCAAAUUCCCUUCCUACAAUGAGGUACAUACUAUCCGCCUCAGGCUUUCCCCCCGAGUUACAGCUCACGAGUGAGAACUCGAUACAUUUCCUCCGCAGAUCGUCCAAUUGACCCUGCCGGACGGUACCGUCCGAGGCGGUCAAGUGCUCGAAGUCUCGGGGCGAAAAGCCAUCGUCCAGGUCUUUGAAGGCACUUCCGGUAUCGACGUCAAUGCGACCCACGUCGAAUUCUCCGGCUCGAGCAUGAAGCUGCCCGUCUCGGAGGACAUGUUGGGCCGAAUCUUUAACGGAUCCGGUAACCCGAUCGAUAAGGGACCCAAGGUUUUUGCUGAGGAGUACCUCGACAUCAACGGUGCGUCUUUUGUUGCAUACCUCGUUUUGGAAGUGCAGGCCCGGUUCUUAUAAUUCCCCUCGCGUGCCUGCUUCCCCCGCAUUCCUACAGGGGCACCGAUCAACCCUUACUCGCGUAUCUACCCCGAAGAGAUGAUCCAAACCGGUAUCUCGACCAUCGACGUUAUGAAUUCGAUCGCACGUGGUCAAAAGAUUCCCAUCUUCUCGGCCUCGGGUCUGCCGCACAACGAAAUCGCCGCACAGAUUUGCCGACAGGCCGGUCUAGUCAACAAGGGCGAGCGCAACCCCGACGGUGCCCCGACCAAGGGCAUCCACGACGGUCACGAGGACAACUUCUCCAUCGUAUUUGCCGCGAUGGGUGUCAACAUGGAGACGGCGCGUUUCUUCCGUCAAGACUUUGAGGAGAACGGCUCGUUGGAUCGCGUGACGCUCUUCCUCAACUUGGCCAACGACCCGACGAUCGAACGCAUCAUCACCCCUCGUCUGGCCUUGACCACGGCCGAGUACUACGCGUACCAGUUGGAGAAGCACGUCUUGGUCAUCUUGACCGACAUGUCGUCCUAUGCUGAUGCUUUGCGUGAGGUCUCGGCCGCACGUGAGGAAGUGCCCGGUCGUCGUGGUUACCCCGGUUACAUGUACACCGAGUGAGUGCUUGUCGUCCUGCACCGAAUUCGGAUAUUGCGAAAGAGUGCUGACUUCCGGUGUGCUAUGAUUAGUUUGUCGACCAUCUACGAGCGAGCCGGUCGCGUCGAAGGUCGCAACGGAUCCAUCACCCAAAUCCCCAUCUUGACCAUGCCGAACGAUGGUGAGCGCUCCUCCUAUCAUCAUUUUCGAUCGCGAGAAUACAUGAGCUGACUUGUGACUCGUCUGAACAGAUAUCACCCACCCUAUUCCCGAUUUGACGGGCUACAUCACCGAGGGGCAAAUCUCGGUCGAUCGUCAAUUGAACAACCGACAGAUCUACCCGCCCAUCAACGUCUUGCCUUCGCUGUCCAGGUUGAUGAAGUCUGCUAUUGGAGAGAGUGAGUUUCGUCUCUUGGGCUCUCCCAUAGCUUGCUGGGCAGAUUGGGCAGAAGUUCUUUGACGUGCGCGUUUGCUCACGCGAUAUUUGUUUGCUCCUGCCACAGAGCUGACACGAAAGGAUCACGGUGAUGUUUCGAACCAAAUGUACGGGAGUCUUUAUGGCGUGUGACGACCAACGUAGUUGCAUGGCUGACCUUGACUACUUCAUUUUUAAAGGUAUUCCAUGUACGCCAUCGGCAAGGAUGCCGCAGCCAUGAAGGCUGUCGUCGGGUACGUCACGGAUCAUCUCCUGUGGCUGUUCACUACUCUUGAUUAGGAGCUCACCCUUUCCUUUGACACUUGGUUCGUGAUGCAGCGAGGAGGCCCUCUCGCAAGAAGAGAAGCUCGCGCUCUCUUUCCUCGGUCGAGUGAGUGCCUUAUUGUGGAAAACCCAAACAUCAACCGGGACUGAUCGCUCUGCUGUCUCCACAACUAGUUUGAAAACGAAUUCGUCAACCAAGGCUUGAACGAGAACCGUUCCAUCUUUGACUCGCUCGACCUCGCCUGGUCCUUGUUGCGCACGUUCCCGCGCGAGCAGCUGAACCGUAUUCCCAAGAAGAUCCUCGACGAGUUCUACUCGAGGAAAGCGACGAAGGUCACGCCUCAGCAAUAG